UCCCAUUCGUUCUCUAGGGAGGGGCGUUCACGGGGGACGACUUGAGUUUUACAGCCUCAGCAGGUGGUGCUGCCGGAAAGCGUUGGUGUUUGCGGCAGAAGGUGAAGUGUUUUGGGCUGUUCGUUGGUCUGUAUCUAGGAGGGAAACGGGCUAUCGGUAUCCACCGAGCGGGUAUGUGUAUUUAUGUAUAAAGACAGUGGAUAUUUUCAGUGAUAAAUGAAAAUGGCCAACUCACUAAGAGGAGAAGUUUUGACUCUUUAUAAAAAUCUACUGCAUGUUGGAAGAGAAUAUCCAAAAGGAGCAGACUACUUUAAAAGACGUUUGAAGGCAGCAUUCCUUAAAAACAAAGAUGUGAAGGACCCAGAGAAGAUCAAAGAACUUAUUUUACGAGGAGAAUUUGUAAUAAAAGAACUAGAAGCCUUGUACUUCCUUAGAAAAUACAGAGCUAUGAAGCAACGUUACUACCAAGACAACGAAACUAAGUGAAUUGUUAUUGUUGCAAAUGUAAGGUUACUGAUUAGGUUGUCUGAGCAAUAAUUGGCAGCAUAUCUUUAGAUGGAAGCCAAAUACUGCAUCAUAACAUAUAUAGGAAUGGUAUAAAAAUGCUCAGCAUACCUGAACUGCCUUCCUCAACUUUAAAAAUUAUUUUGAAACUAUGUCUAUAAAUCUGUACUCAACGUUUCCCCAGCCAA